GCUUAGAGGUACUUUCCAGAUAAUUCAGUAUAUGCCUAUUAUUGAUUAAUACCUUGCAAGCAUUACUGCAAUAAUAUUGCUCUCUCUUGUUACAUUCUGAAAAUCCAACCACGCACCAACGCACUGAUUAAUUUGCUGCUGUUGUGACCAUAUCAUGGCUGAAGCACUUGUUGUUGGAGCUUUAGUGUCUGGCUUGGCCAACGUUGUUCUUGACAGGCUCAUUUCUUCUGAGUUUGUCAACUUGGUUGUGGGCAAGAAGCUGGAUCGGAAGUUGGUUGAGAAGCUGAAGACUGCUAUCUUGGCUGCCAAAGCUCUGGCUGCUGAUGCCGAGCAGAAGCAGUUUGGAAACGAACUCGUGAGGGAGUGGCUUGAUAGUCUCAAAGAUGCUCUCUACACUGCUGAUGACUUGCUGGACCGUGUCUUCAUUAAAGCUGAAAUUCGCAACAAGGUACGCAUUCGUCUUCCUCACUUCCUUGAUCUGUCUGGUAGGAAGAUGGUGACUAAGAUAGAAGAGGUGGUUGAAAGAAUAGAAGAUCUUGAGAAACGCAAAGAUACCCUUGGUCUCAGAGAGAUUCAAACAGGAAGCUCUUCAUGGAGACCUCCAUCCACUUCUCUUGUGAAGGGGAAUGUGUACGGCAGGGAUGGUGACCAACAGGAACUAAUCAAGAUGCUCAAUGACAACAAUAAUCAUAACUUAUCCGUCAUCUCUAUUGUUGGUAUGGGCGGGGUUGGUAAAACUACUUUAGCGCAAUGGCUCUACAACAAUAAGGAUUUGAUGGAUGGGGUUGAUCUGAAAGCUUGGAUUUGUGUUUCUGAAAAUUUUGAUGUUGUUGAGACUACAAAGAAUGUUAUAAAGGGGAUCUCUUCUGGUGUUUGUAGUCUUGACGGCUUUGAUUUACUUCAACAAGAUUUGAAGGAAAAACUGUCAGAAAAGAAGUUCUUCAUUGUUUUGGACGAUGUUUGGAGUGAAGACGUUGACAAGUGGAAUAGUUUUAUCGUCCCUUUUCAACAUGGGAGAAAGGGAAGCACUAUUCUUCUAACUACCCGCAUGGUAAAUGUUGGUCGAAUAGUCCAACACUAUAACUCUUACACCCUCAAUCAACUGUCAGAUGAUUAUUGUUGGUCUAUUUUUGCGGAUAAUGCAUCCUUUCCUGAAUCAAAUGGGAGCUCAGAACUGGAAGGAAUAGGUAGAAAGAUUGUCGAGAGGUGUGAUGGCUUGCCGUUAGCUGCAGAAACACUUGGACGCUUGUUGCGCUCAGAGCAUCGUGCUGAAGAAUGGAAUAAAAUACUAUCGAGUGACAUUUGGGAAUUCCCUCUGGCAAAUUGUAAGAUUGUUCCUGCAUUGUUAUUAAGUUACCAUCAUCUGCCUACUCAUUUGAAACGAUGCUUUGUUUAUUGUUCAUUGUAUCCCAAAGAUUAUCAAUUUGAUAAAGAUGAAUUAAUAUUGCUGUGGAUGGCGGAAAACCUUUUACAACAACCAAGGAGGGGACAGACUUUAGAAGAAGUUGGUUGCGAGUGUUUCGAUGACUUGGUUUCAAGACUAUUCUUCAAGCAGGUCGAGUAUUACGAUGAGAAGUAUUUUGUGAUGCACGAUCUCAUGCAUGACUUGGCAAUUUUUCUUGCUGGAAAAUUUUAUUGUAGAUCAUUUGAAGAACUUGGUGAAGAGGAAGAGAUGAGUAUUCUAACUCGUCAUUUAUUAUACGAUCGUUCAAUCUCCAAGAAAACAUUCUCCUCUCGUGAAAUAGAAUCUUUGAGGACAUUAUUGUAUAUCGAUGAUGGAUCUCAUAUCGAGAAAGCACCCGCAACAUUACCAUGUGACAUAUUGUCAAAGAAUAAAUACUUGAGAGUUUUAUCCUUUGGUAGAAUUGAUAUAUUUCCUGAUUCAAUAGAUAAAUUGAUCCAACUGCGCUAUCUGGAUCUUUCUUGGAGUGAUAUUGAGGUAUUGCCCGAGUCAUUGUGCAAGUUGUGUAAUUUACAAACGUUGAAGCUAAAAAAUUGUUUUUCCCUAACUAUGCUGCCUAAUGGCAUGUGUAAGCUUGUGAAUUUGCGGCAUCUUGAUAUAAGGGGUACUCGCCUGAAAGAAAUGCCAAAAGGAAUGAGCAAAUUAAAACAGUUGCACAUUUUAAGCAAGUUUGUGGUGGGAAAGCAAGAAGACAAUGGAAUGGAAGAGUUAGGAGGGCUUUUAAAUAUUCAUGGAUCACUUGAGAUUGAGAAAUUGGAGAAUGUGGUUGAUGGCAAUGAGGCAAGGAGUGCAAGGAUAAUAGAUAAGAAGCACAUUGAGGAGUUAUUGUUGAAAUGGUCUAGAUUUGGUGAUAUGGUUUCAAACACACAUACUGAUGAAGAAGAUAUACUUGGGGGCUUGCAACCACACACUGGCUUGAAAAAGUUGAGUGUUGAUGGAUACAAAGGUAAAAUAUUUUCAGACUGGAUGGGGCAUUCCUUGUACCAAAACAUGACAAGUGUAUCUCUACAAUAUUGCUGGAAUUGCUGCGUGCUGCCUUCACUUGGACAACUGCCUUCUCUAAAGUCCCUGAGCAUCAAAAGAUUUGAUCAACUAGAGAGCAUUGGCAAGGAGUUUUACAAGAAUGAAGGCCAUCAACAUUCUUCGCCUAUUGCACCGUUUCCCUCAUUGGAGACAUUGAAAUUUGAUGACAUGUCACGUUGGGAGGAAUGGCACUUACCUGACUCAGAAGCCUUUCCUCAGCUUAAGAGCCUUCAAAUAACACGGUGUCGAAUGUUAAAGGGAGAUAUGCUUAAUCAGGUAUUAAUGAGAAUCGUUUUUUCCUCCUCGGAUGUUUCCAAAGUGCGCCAACUGGAAAUACAAGAAGAACGUCAAGAAUGGGGGGUUAAAGAGAUGAGACUUGAUGGGGAUAGGUUAUCAAUUAGUGGAUUUGAAUGUGUGGCGGAGUGUGCAUUUAAGGCAAGGAUCAUCCACCAUCUAACUUCCCUCCAACAAAUAUAUUUCUUGUGGUGUUCAUCUGUUGUAUCCUUGGGGGGCAAUUGUUUACCCAAAUCUUUGCAAAAGCUCAGAAUCCUUUAUAGCCGCCAAAUUGAAUUACUCCAGCAACAACACAAGUAUGAUUUGGUAGAUCUACAAAUAGAACUCAGUUGUGAUUCACUGAGCUCAUUGUCGUUGGAUGCCUUUCCCAAUCUCGAGAAUCUCAAGAUAGCCAUGUGUUCAAAUCUGGAAUCAGUUUCAAUGUCAGAGCCACCACACGCUGCUCUUCAACGUCUCAUCAUAUCUGACUGCCCUCAAUUUGUGUCAUUUCCCCAAGAAGGACUGGCUACACCUAACUUGACUCAUCUCGAUGUUAGCGGGUGCUGGAAGUUGGAGGCAUUGCCACGUGGCAUGAAUAGUCUUCUCCCAAAUUUAGAGUCUCUGGACAUACGAGGUUGCCGAAACAUUUGCAGGUUGCCAGAGGGUGGUUUGCUGCCUAACCUGAAAACGCUUAGUGUAGGAGAUUGUGAGCAACAAGUGAGGGGUGUAUCAUGGUUGGGCAACUUGGACAACCUCACUCAUCUCACCAUUUCAGGUUUAUGGUGUGAGAGCAUAAUAAAGUCAUACCCAGAGGUGGGUCUGCUGCCUCACCUUCCCUCCCUUGCCACUCUACAUAUCCGAGCGUUUGAUAAUCUGGAGACAUUGGAGUGCAGCGAGCUUCUCCGCCUCACCUCCCUCCAACAACUACACAUUUCAUACUGUCUAAGGCUGAACAAUAUGGAAGGAGAAAAGCUGCCUCCUUCUCUCUUACUACUUCAAAUUGACUACUGUGAUUUGCUGGGCGAACACUGCAAGAACAAGCAUCAACAAAUUUGGUCCAAAAUUUCCCACAUUCCCACCAUUGAAGUCGAUGUCAACAAAAUUUUCUGAGUAGAGAUUUCUGAGCAGGUAGCUUGUGCACAUAUCAAGAUGUAAUCCUAUACAUUGGCUAUACAUCUUCAUUUAAUUCUAAGUUCAUUUGAGGUGGUAAUUAAGCUGGAUUGAUGUGUUGGGAAACAGAAACUUUGUUUUCUGAUUUUGGCUUCGAGUUAUUAAAAUGCGAAGAGAAAGUUGGUGGCACUCAUUAUUGAAAAGAUUUUUUGUUGUUGAGUUAGCUGUUGUUGCAAGAUUCAUGUAGGAUAGCGAAAGGAAUCAGCAUCCAUAAGGUGUAUAAGUUUUUUGCUCAUAGAUUGAAUCUUACAUAAAAUAAAUAGUAGUAGAUGCCUAUAAUAAGCUAUUUCUAAUACUAAGAAAAGAUUUUGUAAUAAUAACUAUUUCUUCCUUUUUGGAGAUGGACACGUUAUCAAACAGAUUUUCCAAUGUGACCAAGGUAUGUAGCUAAUGAAGUCAAGAUUCAAGGAAUAUGCUUUUCAUAUUUGAAGAUGAUAAUCAUGUACUUGAAGUAGUCGAAGAAGUUGUAGUGAUGCCAUCAGCAACAAUGUCGUUCCUAUCAACUUCACUCAAUGGAAGUCCAUAUUGAGGUUUGGUAACCAUAUCUAAAUUAUCUUCAUUCAAUCCAAAGUUCAUCAAAAGAGGUUCUCUGUAAUUUUAGCUUCAGAAAAAAAUUUAUUAGGUCUGGGCUUUGAGUGUUUGAUGGCUAGUCGAUUCUGCUGAGAAUGUCGAGCUUACUAGCUCCACUUUUGAAAAUAUUCACUAUAAAUCUGCAGUUGGGGAGUGGUUCAAUCUUGGAUUGGACUAAAAUUUUGACAGCAAGUUCCAGAUGUACUUUUCAUUCUGAAUGGUUGGACGAUUAAGAUAAGAUUUGGAGGGUGAGAUAUGGCUUGCAUGCGCAAAGUAGCUCUGGUUUUGUGAAUUUUUCAUCUUUUUUGUUUUAGUGUUUGGUUGUUUUGACUUACUGUAAACAUGAUUUGUGCACCUAUUUAGGAUUCUCUUGUAUCCUUACUUGAUUAUAGUGGUACUUCUUUUUUGGUCUGAAUGACCCGUGGUUUUUAUCUCUCACAUUGAGAGAGUUUUCCACGUUAAAAUUUUGGAUUUCUGUCCCUAUUUUUAUUUUUCUGGUUUCUGUUGUUCUAUCGCUGCCACUGUUUUGUGUAU